CUCAUCGCCACUUUCGCCUCCACGGCUGCAUCAGCUCUCCCAGUUCCCAGAGUUCCGAGCGCCAAGCCGCACAGCCCGUCUGCACUCCAAGGUGUGUCGCCUGUGGCCACCCAGUACCGUGACAGCUUAGCCCACUUGGCAGGCAGCACUGGAAUCGAUUGGCCGAUCGAUCAGGCACGGCGUGGUGCGGGAACAGCUCAACCACGCGCCCAUAAACGCGACUUGGAUCUCGUCAUUCCCUCUCUCUGAUAGUCUCCUCGCCAUCCAUCUCCCACCCCCCACCAUCUGUCUACCAUGCCGCACCACCGGCACCACCAGUCUUUCUCGCGCGCCAAGCCCGAGUGGCUCCAGCUGCUCGAGGCUGAGCUGGCCCAGAACCCCCGCUCCACCGUCUACUCGCUCGCGACCGUGCAUGAGGGUGCGCCGCGCGUGCGCUCGGUCGUCCACCGUGCAUUCUCCCCUUCUGGCCUUCUCCUCACUACGACCGACUUGCGCAUGCCCAAGACGUCGCAGCUCGCUGCUGAGCCUCGCACUGAGAUUGCCUGGCUCCUCCCUACUCUCGUCCAAUUCCGCGUCACUGGCCGCUCGUACAUUGUGCCGGCCAGCGGGUCCGGCGGCGGCAGCCUCAGCCGCAAGAACAGCCAGCUCAAGGUCACGCCAUCGCACUCCAGCCCACGCAACCCUCCCUCGUCGCUCCGCCGCUCGCCGUCCAACGCAGCCAGCCAGGCGAGCUCCAGCACGACGUUGAGCCCACACCCCACCCCGCCGAUUAAUCUGGAAGAGGCGAGCGGCUACCCGAAUUCCACGAGGGAGAGUGUCUCGAGUACAGCGACGAGGUCGAGUCUGUCGAGCACGUCGUCCCUGACGCCCAACGACUCUCCGGGCGAGAGUGCGCCCGCCAGCGGGACAGCCUCAGGCACACUGUCGCGAUCCAGUUCGAAGCAGGGUAGACCUAGGCUCCAGCUCACUCCUACGCCCGGAGACCUUUCGCCCAGCGACCGCCCGGCCUCAGGCUACAUUGCGGCGCCGCGCUCGCCGCGCCCUUCGCCUCCUCUCUCGGCUUCCAGCACAAGUUCUCACCCUCAAUUCUACCUCCGCCCCAAUGUCGCCCUCAACCCGGCCGUCACACUCGGCGACUCGGACGCCUUCGCCAUCCCGUCGCUGGCGGGCACGCUAUCCGCGCUCGUGAGUUGGGGUGUGGCGCCGAAUGCGCCCGAGUCGUCGCCUUCGUGGUGGGAGGCGGAGCGCGCUCGGAUCUGGGACAGCCUCAGCCCCGCACUGCGUGCAACCUUUGCUCGUCCCGCUCCGCCCGGCUCGACGCUUGCCGACGCGCCCAGCCCCGAGACAUGGAUUACGCGCAUGGAGGCGCAUGCCAAGAACCCCGAGGAAGCUAAGGGUCUGACGGAGGCGUGGGAACACUUCGCUGUGAUCGCGCUCGCGCCGGAGCGCGUGGAGAUGCUCGAGCUCGCGUGCGAGCCGCACCGCCGCGCGUGCUGGGUGCGCGACGGCGAUUCGUGGGUCAAGGAGGAGCUUGUGCCUUGAGCAGUGAAAAGGGCAGCGGUAAACAUCGCAUCCCAUGGCAGUGGAAGGACGCCAUAAUUCAGCAUGAUGGAUUGAGCUACUCCCUGCAACUGACCUGCAUGCUGGAAUUAUGACCCUAGAUUACUGAGACUGAGUUUACACGGUGGCCUGUAACCACCUACACGGAUGGCCUGUAGCCGCCUAAAUACUAAUGGCCUGUGAGGCGGGAUAGGUCUGAUCGUCAUGUCGUUACUGUGGGCUAUUGGGCGUGCGCCGCCUGUGGGGAGUAGGUGUGGGGGCUCCUGGGGCUGGGCGGAGCAGAUUGAGGUCGCUGGAUCGGCGGUGGGGUAUCAAGC